AGAUCUCCGUUUAACCCGCUGCGCGUUGUUAAAUGCACGUUGUUAACGACUGGUUGUGGCACGUGAACACGAAUUAGACCUGGAAUUGAUGUUUUGUGUUGCCUAAUCAAACGAAAGUCGAUCGCUCAUCUCGGCGUCUCCAGUUAAAACGAACAGUUCAGCAGACUUAACACGAGAAAGCGAAACAAAGAUAUGUGAGCUUGAAUGAAGGCGGUUGCCUUCGAGCCGACUAGGUAGCCUGCUGCUUUUGUCGUGCGUAAAAUUAGCUUUAAAUGUAGCUGACUAGCCAGCCCAUCCGUCCAGCUAACGUAGCGACCCAACUUGCUGUAGUGUUGCGUGAAGAAUGCUAGCGAACAUUGUUUUCAGACGGUCCUCGCAUUGCACAGCUGGUGUGUUAAGUUUAUAGCUGCAUGUAGGUCAAUGACUAUUGACUUCAGCUCCGAUGUGCAUUUUGACAUGUUAGCUCUUUAGCAUUUGGCUUCCGAAAGGAGACAGAAUAAUUUUUUUUUUCCAGUAGGGUAAUGCUGAUUAAUGAUGUAUUCUACGUCUAUUAUUAAUCAUCCUGAAGAUUGGAAUAGUUUUGUCAUUCGUGUCUACGUGCGGUCAUGGCUCUGUCUGUAAAAAAAAAUCACAAGCCGUCUGAAUCCGCCCUCGCACGCCUGGUUGUUGCUGUCUAAUUUGUACUGCAAACCAAGUACGAUAAGCGGCAUAUCGUGAAGUUUCUCCGUGACAUUUAACUGUGGUGGGAUGGGAGGAGCUCGUCAGCGCAGAUACGAUAUAUGUUGGGUAAAGGAGCAAAGCGGAAGUUGGACGAGGAUGAAGACGGGCUGGAAGGCAAAGCGCUGGCGGGCCCGGCGGACGGGCCGUCCAAGGCGUCGUACACGCUGCAGCGGCAGACCAUCUUCAACAUCUCGCUGAUGAAGCUGUACAGCCAGCGGGCGCCGCCCGAGCCCAGCCUGGAGCGCCGCGUGCUCAUCAACAACAUGCUGCGCCGCAUCCAGGAGGAGCUGCGGCAGGAGGGCGGGCCGCCCCGGCCCCUCUUCUUCCCCGCCUCGCCCCCCCCCGACGACCCCGUGGACGAGGGCUUCCGCGAGGCGCAGCCCGCCUUCGGGGUCCUGGCCCCGCCCCCCCCUCCGCCGCCGCAGGCCCCGCCCCCUCCCGGCCCCGCCCCUCCGGACUCCUGCCUCACCCCCGCCUCCCUGCUGGAGGACGACGUCUCCUUGUUUUGCACUUCCCCGUCCCCCAACCACCCGCACCCCCACCCGCACCACGGGGCGGCCCGACUCCCCCCCUCGGCCCCGAAGGACAGCUUCUCCUCGGCCCUGGAGGAGAUCGAGGAGUUGUGCACGACCGUGACGGCGACCAUGACUACUACCUCCCCCCUCGGGGCGACCCCCCACCUGCCCCCGCCCCCCCCCGCGGGGUCGGACUCGAAAGAGCGCGCCAAAAAGCCAGCGGGGCCCGCCGCGCCCUCGGAGGGCCGGGUCGCUAUGGCAACGGCCGAGCCCAGGCUGACAGACUCCGCCCCUCCCGCUCCCUCGCUGCCACCGUCCAGCGGCCUGGACGCAAGCGGCACCUCCUCCUCCUCGUCCUCCUCCUCUUCCUCGGCCUUCCUCACGGACCUGGCCCUGGACGACAUCCUGUUCGCUGACAUCGACACCUCCAUGUACGACUUCGACGCCUGCACCUCGACCGCGGGGGCGGGGGCCGCCAAAACGCCGCCCGUGGUGACGGCGGACGACCUGGUCAAAACUCUGUCGCCCUACGGGCCCGGCCCGGCCUCGCCCGUCCCCUCCAGCCAGCCCUUCAAAAUGGACCUGGCCGAACUGGACCACAUCAUGGAGGUCCUGGUGGGCUCGUGAUUUUUAAACACAAAGUAAAUAAAUCAAACUUUAUACCAGAACAACAAAAAACUGAAAGUCAGUUCUUUUAUGACUGUUUGUUUUUUUUUUUUUCUACAGUUUUUUUUUUUUUUAACUUUAAAAAAAAAAAAAAAAAAAAACAUCUGCAAAAUUGUAAGAAUACGGACGGUGAGGACACCAACUACUACUUCACGACACUGUGCAUGGAUUUAUUCGCUUGCCUUUCCCAAAAAACACCCCGAAAAGGAACAAAACAGCCCCGGCUUUCUAGCAGACGCGAGUGCCUUCACCUGUGUGCGACCGCUUUGUAAAUUCCCCCCAUUUUGCUUUUCUUUCUCGACAUGGAAGUUUCGUCGCUGAACUGGCACCAUCUCCCGUGGAAGACACCCGCCGAUCGUCCACGGACGUCGUGCUCCCUCACGGUGCAGAGAACGAACAUUUUAACUGUAAAGCACAAGGAAGUGUAGAGAGAAAACGCACCCCCAGCUACAGUCGCCUUUUCCUGUAUAAAGGUUUUCUUUCAGAAAUGUAUAGGAAGUGUUAUCUGCCUUUUUUUAAAUUUUAUUUUGUUUUUGCUGUCCUCUCGAUUCACCUGUUUUAUCGACACUGGCAUGCUGUAUUACUGACACCCGCGUGACGGAACACAGCUUUUUCCCAAAUUCUGCCCCGAUCUCACAUACACAGAUGUUUUCUAUAUAAGACACAAGAGCUAAGUCCCCCCCAAUACAGGCUGAGUGUUUUGAACAACUUUCUCCAAUGUUCGUUCGGGUGUGGCUUCAUACGAAUGGUUUUAUACGAAUAGCCUGUGCAUUUGUACAAUAACACACAAAACGCUACGUCUGGGGCGGAAGGAGAAACGAUAGCUUUACUACACCAUUCUGCAUUCGGAUGCAUGGGAGAGUUCAUGGGGAUGUGAUUUUUUUAAUUAUUUUUACCCCCGAUGAAUCAGGAAAUGCUAGUUUUUUUGGCUUGUAUUUGGCUUCAUUGCUGUACGUUUUCUCUUGAGAUUGCAGAAGCUUUAGAUGCAGGAUGUAUCGAAGCUCUCCGCGUCUGGUCGAGGCUUUUAGGGUCUGAAAAAAUCAGUAUUUCCUUAUUUAAUCAUUCGAGGGGGGGAUAUCACAUCCCUGGUUGGGUCAAACGCUCGCUGGUGUCCCGUUGGAGGUGACAGGUAAUAAUGCCCCCCCCCACCCCCACGCACUGUGAUGGUCCAAACAUACAGGAGACCCCCCAGCAGGCAGACCUCUCCCCCCCCCCACAGCUCUCCAGCCAUUGUAUUAUGAUGUCAAAGAUCUUUUUAUAAGAAACAAAUGCUCAUAAAUGUCAAGGGUUAAAAUUACCAUCAUGUAAAAAAAAGUGGGAAACUUUUUUUUCCUCCAAAUAUGAAAGCCAUGAGUUUGUCAAAUCAUGUGAUUGAUUUACUGUGAGUUUGUUUUUGUUCUUUUGCCUUUUUUUUGUAAUUUUCCUAAAAUGGCCCUCCCAUUCCUGAGAAAAUACAGAAUAUUACAGAUGUCAAUACAAACUAUCAGGUAUCCUGCUAACACUGAUUUUGCCAGCUUUUUUUUUUUUUUUGCAAGGGUGUGGUUUACUUUUUUCUUUAUGAACUGAGCAUUUACAACUAAAUUGUACAAACCUCUGUCAGGAUGCGAUGUUAGCGUGGGAGGGGUAGCGACAGCUAGCGUCGUACCCGGGCAGGAUCAGGGGUCAGGGGUCAGGGGUCAGCGUCGGUUCAACCAGUCCGGUCCGGGUUCUCUGCAGACUGUCUCCCUCUAUGCAUGACCUGUCCACCACACGGAACUCCUCCACUCCCUGUUGCACCAAAAAAAAAAAUUAUUAAUACUAAUAAUAAUAAUAAUAAUAACAAUGCUAAUAAUAAUAAUUAGCCUCCAGCCUGCUGCCAAAUGUCACAGCUCCUGUAAACGGUACUUAUGCAUAUUCCACGUGCAAGAAUGCAACUCAGUAUCCUUUAAGAUGAAAUUGUGCUUCUGUGGGACUUACUUUAAUGUAUUAAUUUAUUAAUUUCUCUGUCAUCCAGCAGUGUUGAAGUGGUGUCUGCUCUCUCUCUCCUUGUCACUGUGGGGGGGGGGCUGGGUCUGCGCAGGUGAAGUAAACCAGGUGCCGGCGUUGGCGAUUAGGGGUGAAGAUCUAGCACGCACGUGUUCGUCACGCGUCGGCAGUCCGUAGAGGGACCAUUCCCAGGUUCCGAAUAGAACCCGGGACCUUCCUUGGGUCAAUGACAUCAUCCAUUCCAAAUGAGGAAAGCGUUCUAUGCCGAGAUGAACUGAAGGGACAAAAGCUACAGUGAGGCCAGCAUUUAUCAGCCAAUAGGUUUGCAGCAUACAAAGAGAUCCUUUAAAAAUUAUUUAAUGUACAGAAUUUUAAUUUUAAAUCCUUGUUUUUAUUUGUAGUCUUUUAUUUUUGUCACAGGUGUUGCAGUCACUUUUAUUAGUUACGAUUAAAACCGCAAUCAUCAGGAGAGCGGGAUUUCCCAGCAUGCACUGCAUUCCCGCUUUAGACCGAUGGGAACGUCAGUAUCGACAGGACAAGCUUCAGGUGCUGACGUAUCUCCGUGUGUUUCGAGAAGAGGCUUACCUUCUUACAUAACCUGACGUGAAUCAUAGAGGAGUGUGUGUGUGUACAUGCAGCGCUCACCUGUUACCGUGACUACACUGUACGCUGUACAGCCCAGAAGGAUGAAGUCACUUGUGGUGGAGAAAAAACUACCCUUGGAGAAGAGUACAUGCGUGUAAACUACCCAGGGAGAAGAGUACAUGCGUGUAAACUACCCAGGGAGAAGAGUACAUGCGUGUAAACUACCCAGGGAGAAGAGUACAUGCGUGUGAACUACCCAGGGAGAAGAGUACAUGCGUGUAAACUACCCAGGGAGAAGAGUACAUGCGUGUGAACUACCCAGGGAGAAGAGUACAUGCGUGUAAACUAAAGGAGAACAGUACAUGCGUGUAAACUACCCAGGGAGAAGAGUACAUGCGUGUGAACUACCCAGGGAGAACAGUACAUGUGUGUAAACUACCCAAGGAGAAGAGUACAUGCGUGUAAACUAAAGGAGAACAGUACAUGCGUGUAAACAGCACAUACGUGUCUCACUGUGUUGAUUCGGCUCCACUGAGUGACAAGGAGAGCCAAGCAGACAAAUGUACUGAUUCAUUAAUUUUUUUUUUUUUUUAAUCUUUUGGUUUUGAAGUGAUUUUUGUUUUGUCUUAUUUAUUUUUCAUCUCCUGUGUAAAUAUAUUUAUUUUAAUGUGAUGCUAACAUCUGGAUUGUAAUGUGUACAGAAUGUAUGUAGGAAUGUAAUUUUAGGAAUGUAUUUUGUAUGAAAAUGGGUGGAAGCCAUGUUUAUGACUUAUACUUUUAAUUAUUUUAAUUACCAAUUUACUUUUCUCGCUGGGACAGGGGCCGGGCGUUUGUGAGUGGGGCGUACCGGGUCACAGUAGACAGCUCCCCAGCCCGUAUGCGUGUGUGUGUGUGUGCGUGUGUCUGUUUGCGUGAGUGUGUGUGUGUGUGUGUGCGCGUGUGUGGGUGUCUGUUUGCGUGAGUGUGUGUGUGUGUGUGCGCAUCUGUUUGCGUGAGUGUGUGUGUGCGCGUGCGUGCGUUUGUGUGUACAUGUGUGUGUCUGUGUGUGCAUGCGCGUGCGUGUGUGUGCGCAUGCGUGCGCGUGAGUGUGUGUGUGUGUGUGUCUGUGUGUGCAUACAUAUGUGUGUGUGUGUGUGUGUGCAUGCAUGUGUGUGCCCUUGUGUAAGUGUGCUUUGUGUGAAUGGUUGGUGCAGCAGACGGCUUUGCUUCUCGUACUCGCUGAGACGUCUGCGACCCAAAGCUGAUCAGAACAAAACUUCCUCCGUAAGUCUUUCGAUGCCAAACUGUGUUCAGAAGGGAAGAGAGAAAACCCCAAUCCCGCUUUUCUUUACCUGGCACCGUGUCUCGACCCCCCCCCUCCUCUCGUGUGCGACCACUGCGCCAGGCUACUCUGCAUGUCCUCAGUUUGGGGGGGUGGGGGAGCGGGAUGGGGCGGUGUGGUGCUCUUCUGUUUUUAAAAGGCUGUAUUUUCCCCCCAUAGGCCUUUGAGCUGUGCCUUUUCCUAUGCAAUAUUACCGACAUAUUCAUCAUCAAAAACUGAUUUACUGUAUUCACGUCAAGGUGUAUGGACUGAUAUAUAAAUAUAUAAAUAUAUAUAUAAAUAUACAAAAAAUGGAGAUGUGUAUAUGAAUUUGAAGCAGUCUUACUUUUGUAGUUUUAUAUUAUACAAUAAACUAUUAAAAAAAUGAAACUCA